UGGGUGUAUGGCUCCCCGCCAGGCCGCCACAUACUCUCUCACUCUCAGCCUCUCCGGGUCGGUCGGUCAUUGCCCUCGCCCUGUAAGCAGAAAUUAGUGGCCGACUAUGCCGCCGACGACCGAGCCUUCUCCCGACCAUGCUUCCACUUCCUCGGGCGAUAAAAAUUCCGACCCUCUCCGGCUCCUGCUGCUGCUCCCGAGGUUUGUAGCCAUCGCUCUUCUUAGUUUUGGUGAAGGUCCGCCGUUUACCCUGCAAAGGCUAUGUGAGAUCAUGACUGCAAAGAGCAUAUACCCAAAUCUCUCAAAGCUUGCUCUAGCUCUAGGAAAGAAUUUGUUAGUGACCUCAACGUUGGCUGCUUGUACGGAUCCACAUCCACUAGCGACUCAAAAGCAGGAUGAAACUGACAAAGCAAGUCCAAACCAGCAGCAUCGAUCCAACUCGGAACAAAAUGGAGUCCAGCAGUCUACAGCAGCAGAUGGGGAUGAAAUAGUGGCCGAGAUCGAGACUGAUUGGCGAUGAGAUAAUUAUUGACACAGAACCCUUCGAAGAAAUGAAAUGGAUCGAUCUCCGGAGACAAAUUUAUGCAACAAUCUUGAAAAUCCUAACCAACCUCUAUCAGUUUAAAUGUGAAUCCAUUGGGGAUCGAAUCCAUCACUUGUUGCUUGUUGGUGAGCCAAUGAAUUGAUUUGAAGCUAUCGAUUAUUAUGCUUAUGGAUUCUGAGAACCAUCAGCCAAAGGAGCUCAUUGUGUAGCAUGUGACACAUUCAAGAUUAUUGAUCCAUAUCAAACACUGUGGAUUGAGUUACACAUCCAAAUUCAUUAUAUAUCCACAAGAAGGCCGUGCAGAACUCUUGCACUAUGCAUUAUGCAAGGUGUUGGUAUUACUACGACGACGAGGCUUUCACCCUGGGCGACAACUUGACUUCGAGCGGGUGCUUCAUAACAAUGGUAAACUCAGGCUUCUCCGUGAGAUCGACCUCCCCAGCAGCUUCCCACUUGAAGUUCCACACAAGAUUAGCCACAAAGUAUUCGAGAUGCAGCAUGGCUAGGGCAUACCCAGGACACAUCCUCCUUCCUGCACCAAAUGGCAUCAUCUUGAUCUCCUUGCUUCCAGUCAAAUCGAACUCACCACCACCUUCCAGGAACCUCUCCGGCUUGAACGCCAUGGGAUCCUCCCAAACCUGAGGAUCCCACCCCAGCUCAGCCACCAUGAAGUUUACAGCAGCAUUCUUGGGGAUCAUGAACUUGCCGUCCAGCACUGUAUCCUCCGUCACGGAAUGAGGCAGCAAGAAAUGUGCCGGCGGGUGUCUCCUCAAUCCUUCCAAGCUCACCGCCCUCAGGUACUUCAGCUUCCCCAGAUCCUCCUCCAAAACCUCUCCACUCCCUUCCACCACCACGCUUUCGAUCUCACGAAACAGCUUCUCCUGAACUUCAGGGUACUUCACCAAAUUCGCCAUGACCCACUCCAAUGCGGUGGUGGUCGUGUCAGUCCCCGCGCUGAGGAACUCGGAGGACAGGCUCAGAAUCUCGUCCUCGCUGAGCAUUCUCUUGUUACCAUUAUCUUGGGGGAGCUCCACUUCGAGCAACGAAUCCACGUAGCAGCUCCGUGCUUGUUCUUCUUCCUCCUCCAAUUUGCCAAUUUUCUCCCUCCUGGCUCUGAUGAGUGGGAGGAGAACCUGAUGUUGCUCGUGACGGAGCUGAUGAAAUUCAUUCCACGGGCGGCGGAGGAGGAACCUAGUGACCCGAGGCCAGAGGUUGAGUAUCUGAAAGCGCUGGAAUCCAAGCAGCAUCCUUCUCUGAGCUCGUCCCACCUCCUCGAUCUGAUCCUCACCCAGCCUGUCGCCGAAGCACAUGAGCACCAGCAGGGCGAACAUGGCGUGGUGGAGGUGAUCCUUCAGCCUCAGGGUGCUCUGUUGUUGUUGAUGGUGGGCUUGAAGGCGGCGGAGGAGGAUUUGGAGGACCCAGGAGCGAGCGCGGGAGAAUGACCUGACGCGGGAAGGGUGGAGGACUUGGGAAGUGAGGUUGCGGCGGAGGAGGCGCCAGGUGAGGCCGUAGGAGGCGGAGCUGAUGUUGUGCUGGUUGGCAGAGGUGAUUUUGGAGAGCGGCGGAGCGGGCGGCCGGUCGGCGAAAACGGCGCCGUCUUGGAUGAGGGCUUGGUGGGCUAGGGAGUGGGAGGAGAUAAAGAUGGCCGGACGGGAGAAGAUGCGGAUUGUGAAGAUGGAGCGGUACUUGGCGCGGAGCUUGCGGAGGGCUGGUUCGAGGUCGGAGAAUCCUUUGCUUCGCAGCAUCCAGAGGAAGGUGCCGAUGAUUGGGAUGGAGAAGGGUCCUGGUGGGAGCUUGUUGUUGUGGGAUGGGAAGAGGUGGGUUUUGCAGAGUAGGAGAGCUAGGGAAGAUACAAGGGAGGUGAUGAUGGCGCCGAUGAUCCAGCUGGUUUCCUCCAUGGAUGCUCUCUCUGCGAUAAGAUGGACAAAGGAAAAAAAGCAGAGCCAGAGGUGAGAUGAGAGAAGAGAGAUGGGAGGAGGGCUAUGAAGUUUUGCUGAAUUGUAAAUUGCACCGUUUGAGGUCCAAGUUUUGUCAUCUUCCUUUCGGUUUUAUUCCAAAGUAGACUGGAAUUUGCUUCUAAUAAGGUUAUGGGAGGAGUAUCUGAAUCGUCAUCGUCCUAAUUGUCUGGUUCCACGGCCACCGAGAACGUGACUAGACGCCGGCAAUUCCACGGAGAAUGGGUUCGGUAUUUCAUCAUCCUUUGCUGAAUUUUGCUCGCAAAGAUGGGUGUCGUGGUCGAACAUGACAAAGAUGUAGGAGAUGUGUCUGUCAGUGUCACGAAAGGGGUCAAAUAGAGAGAGUUAAAAAGGACCAGUACUUAUCCAGGAUGGCGCAGGGACGGGCCCGAGUCUGACUAAGGGUGUGCAUGUCGGCAAACCGGACCAAUACUGAAAGACAUUUUAGGACCAAUGAUUAGAUCAAUCCUAAUAUCACUUCGUUUCGUUUUCCUU